GUGACGCGGUGACAUAUCUUUCGCAGGACAACGAUCCGUAUGUGUGGUCGCCGGUUCGUCCUAUAUAAGACGGAGGUAGGAUCUCACUGGGCAGAAGAUUUGUACCGGUUUGAGUGUGUGCUAGUCGCAGAUUUUGAAACAGAUCACAAUGAAGGUGUGCACAGUAGCGUUGGGAGUGCUGGUGGCGUGCGCAGCCGCGAUGGCGCUGGAGCCCAGCCCGCUCAUCCGAGCCCUGCAGCCCGGAGAGGUGGUGGAACAACCCACACAGCUAGUCCCUGUAUAUGUUCAGUCCGCUGAUGGACAGGGCCCGAGGCAGAAGAGAUCCCUGCUGCUUGCUGGAGGAGCCGCCGGUCUCGGUGGUCUCGCCCUCCUCGGCGCCGGUGCUCUCGGUGUUGGUGUGAUCGGCGCUAAAGCCGGGUUCGUCGGCGGCGCCCUGGCGGCCGGCGCUCUGCAAGGCAGGGGCUUCGGCGGCGGCUACGGCUACGGCGGCGGCUACGGCUACGGCGGCGGCUACGGCUACGGCGGUGGCUACGGCGGCGGCUACCACCACGGAGGCGGCUAUGGAGGCAGCUACGGUGGCGGCUAUGGUGGAUACGGAGGUGGCUAUGGAGGCUACAGGUCCUACCCCACAUACGUUGUCGAAGAAAGUUGGUGCUGAUUGCUUCAUAGCAAUUGUUGUAUUAUAGUUCAAAGACUUUGUUGUUUUGAGUGAAGUGAGCUAGGUAUUUAUGUGAAACUCAGUGCGGUGACAUACGAAAUAAACGCCUACAAGUACA